AUGACAGACGGCGAAACACCAUCAGGCUCGGCGUCAGCCCCAGCGACGACCACAGAUGCCUCAGCAGAAGCUCAAACUCCUACGCAGGGCGAGCAAUCUGCCACUACCCACGCCAACGGCCAGUCAAAUACCACUUCAGAAGGAUCGCAACACAUAUCAGCUGUAGAUAACAGCUUGAACCAGCCUCCCGCGACCUCAAACCCUCCGCCACAGCCAUCCGUAACGCAGACAGAAGCGCCGGAUCCCGUAUAUCAGCUGGCGGCCGCAAACUCGGCGCUGGAUGCCUCCCAGUCAGGAGCUGUUGACCAUGCUGUACAGCUUCAAGCCCUACAGCAAUUCAACAAUGAUCAGGGGCCUUUCGACUCCAAUACUAACUCAGCCCCUCAUGGCGCACCAGCUUCUGUUCCUCCAACAGCCCCAGCUCCAGCAGCCCCAGCUCCCGUAACUCAUAUCACUCAGUAUUACGGCGAAAUCCCAGCCGGAGGCUUCUCAGAUGGCUUCGAACUGGUAACAGACGAGAGCGCCGCGAACCGCAUGAAGAGAGAUGUCAAGCGAAGGACAAAAACAGGCUGCCUUACGUGCAGGAAGCGCCGAAUAAAGGAACAUAAUCCGUUUGUUUCUCGAUGUCCUCUGUGGUUUGUUGCUGGAGGGAAUGUUUUUUUCUUUUCUUUGCCUUGCUGGGGGGUUUUUUUUUUUGCUCCUCUGGUCCCCGCGUCUGCAGCUCGCUUAGCAUCAAAAAAAACGAAAACUCCCAGAAACCCCCAUCUCAACACCCAAAUUGACAUCGCAACCAGCAGCACCAGCAGCCUUGUUCAUGUUCCAGUCCUUUUUUGCGCCAGGUCGCUGCUUGUGACAAUAUCUUACUUCCGACUUUUCAUUCUUCGUUUUAUUUUCCUUUGUCGUGCACAUCCCUCCCUUCAAGUUGCGCCCCAGAACCCUCAUCAGGCUACCGGUCUCAACCAAGCGUAUCUUCCUAACAACAGUACGGCGCAUUCUGUUUCUCCAUCUAUCAAUACAGGUUCAUCGGCAUCACCCCCCCAGGACAAGCUCGACUUUGGCACUGAACCGGAGCCUACUCCCAUAGCAGCAGCUCAGCCGGCACAGACUGCACCAGCUGCACCAGCCGCACCCGUCACAGCCCCAACUGCGCAAUCGAGAAGUGUUACCCCUAGAGUUGCUGAAGGCCACCCACUAAUUGCUGCGUCGACAACAUUGCCUAAUUCGGAAAAGAUGGAACCGAGACAACCGAAAAUGAGUGAACUACUAGCAAUUGGUGGAUUUGCGUUACCAGAAGUUGAUACCAAUCCUCUCUCGCCUACCAAACUAGAAGAGGUAAAGAUGCUGUACAGGAUCUAUGCCCAAGGAAUGGACCGGCUGCUUGAAUGUAACUGGUACGACACGCACGGACUAACCCAAUUACUUGGAAGCCCUCGUCUGCUGUCUCUGUACUCUUCUCUUCUCGACGGUUUCACCGAUCCAAACAUAAACGAUGCUCCGGUAAUUGCUCGUAUGGAAUCGUUCGAAAGCAAUGUCAUAUGGGAAAGUCUUUGCCUAUGCCGUGCAGCUCGGGCCCAGGAGCCGACUAAUGGAACCGACACUUCAGACUCGACAGAUCCGCAACUCAUAUAUGCUGUUAAGCGCCUAUCUCUUCUUGAAGCCUUACUUACAGGAACUGUUCUUGAAAACAAUCCCGUUUCUCGUCACAACUAUCCGGAAGAUGACCCUGCUGUCACCACAUCUGGGCUGAACACACAGAUCAAGAACCGCCAACUGGGAUUCUGGGAGUCGAUGGGCGAUUACCUGUCAAUUCCGGACAAUGAGCCAGAUGCGAGCGACAAACGGGACAAAGCUCUCUUCGCGGCCCGCGCGUUCCUUGAUAUGAUUGAAAGCCGUGAUGUCGUGUACUCUAUUGCCGUUGUCAGGAACAUUUCUAAAUUCCAACCCCGAAAGUUUAAACUUCCUGUUGCCUCAGAUGAGAAGGAUCCCGCUGCAAAGCUAUAUGUAGCAUGUCGAUUCCUUGAGGAUGAAGUACGCGGGAAGGCGACUAACCAGGUCACUCGGCGUAUCUCUCAGCUAACGGUCAGAUAUUGGGACGAACCCUACAACGUCUAA